AAACUUCGAUCUGAUUCUGAAAAUGCCUAUCCCCGAACCCCGUUUACCAAUCGAGUUGGAGAGAUAAUGAAUUAUAUGGAGGACUGCUUCGCCGGAGCUCCGCAGGAGUUUCUCAUCUGCAUUACCGUCCAUAAAGCGGUAAAAGUAGGCUUGACCUCCGGGGAACUGUACGUGCGGAUCAGCCUUGACAAAAUGACCAAGAGCACUAAGUCUUUUCCGAAUACCGAAAAUCCCUUCUUCAAUGAGUACUUUGUCUUUGAGUUCCAUUGCACCUUGACUGAACUCCUGCGUCUGACCAUUCUUUUCGAGCUGAAGAAGCACAUGACCUAUAAGAAAAACGUGGUGGUGGGCGAGUUGCUGGUGGAUCUGCACAGUGUGUGGAACCAGUCCAAUCACGGUUACUUCAAGAAAUGGGGUCGCCUGGAGGCCCCCAUCGGCGAAAACCAACCCCCGGAAAACCAACCCAAUGAACCUCACGGCUACCUACAACUCGAUCUGGCCAUCGUAUCCCAGCACAGUCCGGUGAGCAUUGGGCUUAGGUCUGAGGAGCAGGACAUCCAGAACCUUAAUAAAUGGUCAGUGGAUCAAGAUUACGAUGACAUAGAAAAAAACCUGCUGACCAAUGUGAGCUCGUUUGCCCCAAGCAACAUUCGCUACUUCAUCGCCUUCUACCGGGGUUACUUCGUCAGGCAGAGCAACUACAUGAUUCAAGUAUCGUUUGCCGGCUUCAAUGGCAAAACGCCGGUGGCCAAGAAUACGACGACACCAAUAUGGAACCACGAGGUCAACUUCGCCUGGAUGUAUCCCUCGGUGGCGCAACGAUUCUUGAUCCUUAUUUUGACCCAUGAGCUUCUGCAAUGGAAAUGUGUGGCUGAAUUUGAGUUGUCUCUGGAGGAGAUAGCCUUUAAGGGAACCCCUUCUCUUGGGCCCACCUACCUCCAUCUCUACGAUCCUGUCAAUCCGAUGAUCUAUGUGGGUCGCCUACUAAUGGAACUUCGUUCUGAGAUGCUGAAGGACGCCCAGCCCAGCCACACGUUGUCCUCGAAGACGGUCCCUGGCUUAGAUGAGACCCGCUUCUGGCACGACGAUGUCUACCUGGUUGAGUUUCUUCCAUUAUUGGGUCACCACAUCCAGACCACGGCUACCGCUUACAAGAUCUCCGCCAGAUUAGCCGAGCACAGCUCGAAUGUGUUGGAGGGUAUGCUAAGGACACCUUUGGAUCGCUUCCGAUCCGCCAUGAACUCGAAGAGUUUUUGCCGGGAGGCACCCUUCCGUUCCUGCAUGUUCCGCGUCCGUUUGCCGGACAAUCGAGCCAAGUAUGAAAGUGAUUUCUUCAUGCUCGAUAUAGUAAACUAUAUGCGCUCCGAGCUGGACAUCUUCAAGGUCUUCCAGUUAAAACAUCCUCUCCAGGAUGAUGAGCAGGCAAAGUGCCUGAAGGCUAUAGUGGGUAACAUUUUGACUAGGAUUAAGGAGGGUCUAGAAGCUCACCGUUUUGAUCACGAUGUGGAACCACAGCGCACCACUUGGGACAUCAACCGGCAGUUGUACCUCCUACAUUACUUUGCCAAGUUGCCUUCGGAGCUGCACCAGAUGAAGCAGAGAUUACGCAUCUGCUUCCUGGAACAUCUGGAUGCCUCCAUUGCCGAGGUGGUUAGUGAACUUCAGCGCCUGGUUUCUGAGAUUGGAGCUCUUUCCAGUAUGGCUCGCACACAGGAUGAGUGGCCGGAAAUGGUUCUCUCCCUAAGCGCAGGUGGUAAGGAUCUUGGAGUUUGUCGACUAAACGCCAAGCUCUUUCUACACCUGCAAAAUGGAAACUCGGAUCUGCAGCAGGAGACGCUUUGCUGGCGUCUAAGGAGCUUCUCCUUUAAAGCCAUCGGUUGUACGCACACCUGUCCCAAUUGUGGUUGCACCACAGCCAUUGUUUCUGGAUGCCUUUCAAUUGUAGUGGAACGGGAGCGAAAGGCGUUCCUCUCGUCAAUUAGUGAGGACUGGACCAGCAUCGAGGCCAUGAUGUGGCAGCCGAGUCUUGGACAGACGCACUUCCUCUGCCACGUGUAUGUCCACCAGGCCAAAGUUCGUCCUGGUGGUGAAAAGAAAAACAUCUGUGACUCACAUCUGAGGAUCCUGUUCGCCGACCAAGCCUGUGAAACAUAUACGUCUCCUGGCACCCUGUCGCCCAUUUGGAAUGCUGUCAUCACCUUCAACCUGUUGUCACUACCAGGAGGUGUCAAUCUAUAUUUAAAGAAUCCUCCACUUCUCUCCUUGGAGUUGUACAACUCGGAACGAAGUUUACCCGAUGAUCUAGUGGGCAUGGGAAGUGUGGCAGCUAGUGUGAUUAGUGAGGAACGCGCCACUGACUCCAGUUGGGAGGAACCAGGAGGAUUCGGCUGGUCCAAGAAUCCAAUGCAGAAGUUACAGAGAUUGAAGCACAUGACGCCACCUCCUCUGAAAUGGGUUCCAGUUGCUAAGAAAGGAUCAGUACAAGCCGAGGUCCUUAUGUCCGCGGAGCUCAUUGAAAUCUCCAUGGAUCCUACAGGCCAGGAUAUUAAAAAGGAGCCACAUCUUGCCACGGGCAUUCCGGUUGCCAUCCGACCCAAUAUGCAGAAUUUUGUCCUUGAGGUAUUCUUCGUCGGUCUCCGUAAUUACUCCAAAAGCAGCAUGAGUUCGGCGGGCAAAAGGAAGAUUAAGGUGAUGAUGGGUGAUCUGGUUUUGACCAGUGGACCCUCAACGGCACGUAUUCGCAAUAGCAUAAACUUCCUGGUGGCCUAUGCUUCGGGAGUGGUGAGUCUUCCCGAUCAACAGGAUUAUUGGCCUGCAAUCAUAGCCACGGAUGUUCUGCUUUCUGGAUUCAGUAGUGAGUCCACCUUGGGAGUGGCUCUGAUACCCAACUCCUCGAGUUACCUGCAACGCGACAGGACCCUUAAGUGUGUGUCCAAAAAGGAGCAGGCUAGUGGUGAGGCUUCCACUACGGUGAGCGUAGAGGAUGAUGAUAAUGAGGAUGAAGAACUCGAAUGGGAAGAGCAGGAGGUCAAACCCUCGAGGAUCAGCCGCUGGUGGAUGCAACUAAUGUUCGCCUUGGGUCUCCGACCCGCUGCAUAUGCCAAUCGUCGGACUUUGAGCAUCGAUUAUAAUCUGGAUGACAGCGAAGUGUUUGAGGAGCGGGAGUUUACCUGGUGGACCAAGUUUUACAACUCGAUGUACUGGAGUGCGGCGGAGACUAGCCACGAGCACAAACACCACCUGGUUAUCUACCACGAGGAACUGGAAAAGCAGGCUCAGUUUGGUUACCUCCAGGAUUGGGCAGUGCCCGUCCAAUUAAUCCAUGGCGUCAAGUUCAAGAAGCAUGGUCCACCCAAAGAGGAUGUCUAUGCCACACUUAAGCUGCAACUCAAGUUGACCCCCUGCCAGUGUCCCGUUCUCGAGGAUCCCCAAGGUGGUGGCGAUAUGGUUCGUCCCAUGGCAAACGCUAUACAUCCGAGGCAUCAGUCUACUCUUCAGUCUCUAAGUGAGACCAUAAAGCUGAUAGUACGUGUUUAUGUGGUGCAGGGUGUUCAAAUGCGCCCUAGAGAUCUAAAGGGCGACUCCGAUUGUUAUGUGAAGAUUUUCCUGGGUGGGAAUUCGGUUUCUGAUAGAGCUCAUUUCUCCCCCAACCAUAGUAAUCCUGUUUUUGGCCGCCUGUUUGAACUGGAGGCUACGCUGCCAGGAGAUCAUAUGCUGCAAAUCAUGGUUUAUGAUCACGAUAAGAUCAGGGAUCAGAUGAUAGGUCAGACUAACAUCGAUCUGGAGGACCGCUGGAGGUCUCGGCAUCGGGCAACGGUGGGUCUGGCCAACGAGUACACACGGAGUGGCUAUAACCACUGGCAUGAUCUAAAGUUGCCCUCGGAAAUUCUUAUCGAUCUCUGCCAGCGACGGGGUAUCCAGGCUCCCUACUAUUAUGGCAAUGUUAUUGAGGUGGACGGAAUGCUUUUCGGGGAUGAAACUGUAAUCUCGAAGGAUGAGGAGCUCCAAGAGCGACUUAGCUUAGCUGUGCUCAAGAACAUGGACAAGUUGCCUUCCUUUGGCUACAAACUGGUACCCGAGCAUGUGGAGACCCGAUCCCUUUGCCGCGAUGACUUCCCAAAUGUCGAACAGGGUAAACUCCAGUUGUGGAUCGAGCUAUUCGAGGCCAACAUCUAUGUGCCCAAUCCCAUCGAUAUAACGCCGGUUCCGUCCACGGAUUACGAGGUGCGUGUUGUGGUCAAGAAUCUGGCUGGAAUCCAGUCGGGCGACAAAAACAUUUUCGGCAAACUAAUGAGCGACAUCUACGUGAUAGGCUGGUGCGAGGAUGAGGACAAGCGCCAAUCGACCGAUAUCCAUUACCGCUCAUUUGCGGGCGAUGCGGCAUUUAAUUGGCGCAUGGUCUUCGGCAUGAAGUACUCCCCCAACGAGGACCUGAUGGUUAUACGCCGCAAAGCGGGGCUCCUAGAGGAGAUGGAGUUCAAAAAGCCACCGGUUAUAUAUCUGCAAGUUUGGGACAAGGAUGUGCUGUCCAAGGAUGAGUACCUGGCCGCCCUUGAGCUGAACCUAUCCAAUAUGCACGCGCCAUAUCCGUUUGUCCAAAUGUGCAAGCCGUAUCCCAAGAAUAGGAAGCGUAUCAAUCUAUUCAAGCGCAAGGUCAUCAGCGGCUGGUUUCCGCUGCAAUGUAAUGCACAUCCUUCACAACGCUCCCAGGCCAAAGUUCAGAAUGGAAAAAUGCAGCUGAGUAUAGAAAUCUGCACGGAUGUGGAGGCUGCCAACCGGCCGGCGGGUCGUGGUCAGGAUCCACCGAUGGCCUUGGAGCCGCCUUACAGACCGGACACCUCCUUUAACCCACUGACUCAUCCUUGCAAAUCCCUUCGGCACAUCCUCUGGCCCGUUAUUCGGAAAUAUGUCCUGUGGGGCUUGCUCAUAUUGAUCGUUAUCCUGGGACUGGUGCUCUUCUUCUCCAACCUGCCUGGCAAACUCAUGGGCAUUCCCCUCCAAUGAGGACUUAUUUGUAUUUCUUUUUUUUUCUGUUUGUUUGAUUGUUUCUGUUGAUAUUGUUCGCUAAAUUGAU